AUGCCACCGAAAAAAUCUAAACUGAAUAACGCGUGCACCAGAGAGGCACGACGCAAACGUGUUGAAAGAGCUCAGCAAUUACCAGAACAAAUCGAAACAAGAAAUGCAGCUCAAAGAAUCAGGACUGCAGAAAGUCGUGCACAAGAAUCUCAAGAACAGCGUGACGAACGUCUGCGACAGAAUAUUACGAGAACAAGAGCGGCACGAGAACGAAACAUAGCUACAGUACGAGUACUAGAUCGACAAAGGCAACGGAUCAGCCGCUCAUUAACACGUGCAUCAUUCGUUCGGCUUGCCUUUGAAUAUGCACCAGAUAUUAACUACUCAGCGCAUUCAAAAAUUGCUAUCGGUGGAAUGGAUAAAGUAUGUCAAUAUUGUCAGGCAUUGAAAUUUCGGAAUGAAGCAGCCGGCAUGUGCUGCGCAUCAGGAAAAGUUGUGCUGUCACCUCUACCCGCUCCGCCGGAGCCUUUAUUAUCCCUUCUUACUGGCAAUUCAGAUGAUUCCAAAUUAUUUUUGCGCCAGGUGUACCAUAAAAUCGGAUCACUGAUGCCAAUGCCUGAUAACAAUCCGAAAUUUCUUCAAAUUUAUUUUAUGGGCGAUUGUGAAGAGCGCGUGACGACUCGGUGCCUGUAUAAUUUUAUUGAACAAGCAGAGGAAAGAGCAAUUGUGAUAUUAUUGGAAAAUUUUUUAGAAGAUCACAAUCAACUAAUUCAAUUGAUCAAAAGAGUUUCGCCACGACUGCAAAAUGACAAUUAUCAAAUCGUCAUUAAAGCCGACAAAGUACCAUUAGGUGAACAUGCUGGUAGAUUCAACGCUCCAACUGUUGAUGAGGUUGCUGUUAUCAUGGUUGGUGAUCCAGUUGACGAAAGAUCUAUAAAAAUUACACGGCGAGACAACACUGUCAGUACGAUUUCGGAUCUACACCGUUCAUAUGAUGCACUACAAUAUCCAUUAAUAUUUUGGCAAGGACAAGAUGAAUAUCACCUCAAUAUCAAACAGUAUGAUCCAAAUACCGGUGAUUACAGAAAUAAAAAAGUUAGCUCAAUGAACUACUACGCACACCGAAUAAUGGUUAGACAACAUCAAGACAAUUAUAUCCUUCGAUAUCGUCAGCUGUUCCAUCAAUACAUUGUUGAUAUGUAUGCUAAGGUCGAAAGCGAACGCUUGCGAUUCCUUCGAUUCAACCAGGCGAAACUACGAUCGGAAGAAUAUAUUCACUUACGAGAUGCUGUUGCUGGAAACAUCGAUGGAAAUUUAAAUCCCAAUGACAUCGGUAAUGCUUUCAUUUUACCUUCAAGCUACAUCGGCAGCCCACGGAACAUGCAGGAAUACAUACAAGAUGCGAUGACUUACGUACGUCAUUACGGCCGACCGGAUUUAUUUAUUACAUUCACAUGUAAUCCGAAUUGGGAAGAGAUACAAACUUUACUAUUGCCAGGACAACAAGCCAUUCAUCGUCAUGAUUUAACUGCACGGGUGUUUAAACAAAAAUUGAAAUCCUUAAUUGAUUUUAUUGUUAAAUAUUCAAUUUUUGGUAUCACACGUUGUUGGCUGUAUACGAUAGAGUGGCAAAAGCGAGGUUUGCCUCAUGCCCACAUUUUGGUUUGGCUUAAAGAUAGAAUCCGUCCUGAAGAAAUCGAUCAAAUAAUUUCAGCCGAAAUUCCAGACCCAUUAAUUGAUCAAGAAUUAUUUGAUAUUGUCACCAAACACAUGAUCCAUGGGCCAUGCGGUGCUUUCAACAUGACGUCACCGUGCAUGGAAAAUGGAAAAUGUAAAAAAAACUUCCAAAAGCCGCAUACGAAUGACACGAUCACGGAUAUUGAUGGUUAUCCAAUGUAUCGCCGCAGAAGUACUGAGAAUGGUGGCCACACAUUUACAAUGCGACUGCCGAACUUUCCAAAUCAAGUUGAGUUUGAUAAUCAGUGGGUGGUACCAUACUCACCACUACUUUCAAAAACUUACAAAGCUCAUAUCAAUGUUGAGCUUUGCAGUUCUGUUAAAUCAAUUAAGUAUAUUUGUAAAUAUGUAAACAAAGGCAGUGAUUUGGCCAUAUUUGAAGUACAAAACAUAAAUAAAAAUGACGAAAUAGCACGAUACCAAAUGGGCAGAUACAUUAGCAGCAAUGAAGCUAUUUGGCAUAUUCUCAGCUUUCCCAUCCACGAAAGAGAUCCUGCUGUCCAACAUCUGGCAAUACAUCUUGAAAACGGUCAACGUGUAUACUUUACUGGAGAAAAUGUUCUCCAAAGAGCGUUCGAAGCUCCGAAAACGACUCUAACUGAAUUUUUUACAUUGUGUCAAAAACCUGAUGUUUUUGGCCAAUUCGCGAAGACAUUGGUGUAUGGUGAUGUUCCACGUUACUUCACAUGGAACAAAUCCAGUAAAAAAUGGGAGCCACGGAAACAAGGAAAACCACAUCCUUCCAUUACAGGCAUAUUCAAAGCUAAGACAUUGGGGAGACUUUACACGGUACAUCCAAAGCAACGUGAGUGCUUCUAUUUACGUUUGUUAUUGGUGAAUGUUCCCGGACCAACGUCUUUUGAAUUUUUACGAACAAUUAAUGGUCGAGUAUUCAAUACAUACCAGGAUGCAUGUCGUGAACUGCAAUUGCUAGAAGACGAUAACCAUUGGGACUUAACGCUUGCUGAUGCUGCGUUGACAUCAACACCGAAUAACAUUCGUCAGUUGUUUGCAAUUAUUUUGACGACAUGUUAUCCCUCGCAAACACAAACUUUGUGGGAAAAAUAUAAAAAUUGUAUGACAGAAGACAUCUUGCACCGAAUUAGACAAACAAAUCAAUGCCAAAACAUAGAUUAUACACCAGAGAUGUACAAUGAAGCAUUGGUCUUGAUCGAGGAUUUAUGUGUUCUUAUUUCAAAUUUACCACUUAAUCAUUAUGGUAUGCCAUCACCUAAUCGUCCAGCCACCGACUUAGUCAAUACCGAUUUACAACGAGAAAAGCAAUAUGACCAUGGAAGUUUAGCAACAAUUAUCAUGAACAGUGAACCAUUACUGACAGCAGAACAAAAAAUUAUUUAUGAUCGGAUUAUGCUGGCUGUUGCUGCUGAACAAGGCGGUUUUUUUUCUUGGAUGCACCCGGUGGAACCGGUAAGACAUUUUUAA